CAUAUUUGUCACUGGCGUCGCUAGUAGUUGUUUCUUGUGUAACACGAGCCGUUUCGUAGAAUACUACGAGGAAAAUCUUACUUUCGCUUUCACAUACAGGGUUUACUUUGACUGAGUUCUGCAAAUAUGAUGUCUUUAAAUUGCCAAACAACUGAUUGCUUGACCCCGAAACCGAUGUGUUAUAUGGGAAUGUGUUACGCAAAAUGUCCAUUUGACACAUGUGCAAUGAUCAAUAGCACUAUAUGCAUCGACAAGUCAGGAAAAAUAGCAUUCAACGGGACAUGCAUAGAUAAGUGUCCACCAUCUCAUCCUAUAUUUGACCCGGAUGCUUUUGUUGACCAGUGCUGCGUGGAGUGCCCCUAUUCAGAAGUAGCUAACAACAGCGUGUGCAUCUCCGGUGACGACUGCAAGACGGCCGGGUGGCAGAUCUACAACCAUCAGUGUGUUAAAAGUUGCCCACCUGGUACCAGACGAAUAAUAAACGACUUCAAAGAUGACACGUGUGAAGAUGCCUUGGUGACUCACGUUAUUUUGGGCGUAUCGUCUGUGUGUCUGGCGCUCGUCAUUGUGGCUUGCGUGAUGUUCUUUAGGAAUCCCCGGAAGUCGAGAAACAAAGUUAACGAGCACGAUGGUGCGCGAGAACCACUUAUUGAUGAUGAGGAUCAGACUUAUAUGAUCAGCAGUGGACCACCCCUCCCGCAGCCUAAAAUCAGAAGAGAGCCAAUGCAUAACCCUGAUACAUCCCUCAAUGAAGCAGCUGGCAGAGAUCAGCCAAUACACGCCACCGAUACACAAGUCAAGGAAAUCGACGGUGGGAAUGAGACGUUUGUAAAAAGUUUCCCUCAGCUGAAUCGCAUUAAUGAGCUGGUUGCCAUCGGUGACCAAAGUGACCGUGUGGAACAGUUUUGUAGAGAAGAUGAUGAACUCUCUUCCAUUCCAACUAUUGUGGCUCUAAAGGGCUUCCAAGAGAGCGAUAAUUCCCUGGAUUCAUAUACCGGAACUUACGAUUGAUAACUACGGACAGAUACUACGUAGUAUUUGCUUCACAGCUACUUGACGUUUAAAAUAACACUGGAGAUACACUUUGUAGUAUUUGCUUCACAGACGUUGACGUUUACGAUAACUCUGAAUACGCUUUGUAGCAUUUCCUUCACUGCUGCUUGACAACUAAGGAGAUAUGCUUUGUAGUAUGCAUAAUGUUUAGGAUAACAAAUGAGAUGCGUUUUGUAGUAUUUGCUUCACAGGUAGGUGGUUGACGUUAAAUAAAUGAGCAUGGUAGCUCGAAGGCUGCAUGCAAUGAUCUGUGAUCAAUAAUUCAUUUGUACAUAAAUAAUUAAUAUUAAUGCAACAUAUCUUACAACCCUUGGUAGUGUAGUGGUUAAGUCACCGUACUGGGUUCGCAUCCCAGUACCGCUCCCACCUAGAGGGAGUUUAAGGUAGGUGUAACUGACUAGACAUUCUCUCGCCGACAACAUGCAUUUAUAUAUUAGCGGUAACCAUUUGCAAUAUUUAACUAACCAUGCCAGUUAUAUAUAUCAUAAUUGUAUACGACAGAGCUGGGCAGUAGUAUGAACCCGUGUGUACUAGCAACAAGGGAAGUGCUGGGUACACUACACAGCAUGAAGAACUUUAUGAAUCUCAUUUGACUUUUAUAAGAUCGUUCUGAUGGACAUGGACUUCUUUAGUGUUUUAUGUACCAUAGUACGACGUUGAAUAGCCGAUGUAUCGUCAACCAGAGCCUCGACAAUUGCCGAUUAACAUAGACUGUUGAUAUUUUCCAUAUUAAAAAUGCUCUUGACGAAUCAUCUCUCUCUCUCUCUCUCUCUCUCUCUCUCUCUCUCUCUCUCUCUCUCUCUCUCUCUCUCUCUCUCUAU